GGUGGAACUUGCUUUGUUAAUGCGGCCAAACGCUUGAUUAUGAGAUAAGUGAGUGUCAGAGACGGCAACUGCUCGAAAUGAUUUACUUAAUUUUGAUUUCCGCGUUCUCUGGGGCACUGGUGACGUUGAUCCUGCAGUUUUUGCUGAUCUACCGGAGGAGCCCCGAGCCCACCGGGAGGACAGUGCAGUAUGUCAAAGUAGUGCCUGAUAACGCAUUGAAGGAUUACUUUAAUACUCAACAUGCCGAAGCAGGCCAUCAGCAGCAGGACAGCGCCGCAGCUGCUGCAUCCAAACAGCACGAGGCCGUGUCCGCGAGGCAGCAGGAAACGGCUGUCACCGGCGGCAGCCCCAAACAACAGCCGCCACCGCCUUCCCACAGCGAGCCCGCGGAUGCGGCCAAAGCCGAGACAUGUAAUUUCCUAAACGCUAUCUUUCUGUUCCUGUUCAGAGAGCUGCGAGACACCCCGCUCGUCAGACACUGGCUCACCAAAAAAAUCAAGGUGGAGUUUGAGGAGCUGCUGCAGACCAAGACGGCGGGUCGGCUCCUGGAGGGACUGAGCCUCCGGGAUAUCUCCCUGGGGAAUUCUCUGCCGGUCUUUAAAACGGCCAGACUUAUGAAGCCGGUGCACCUGAACGAGGACGGCAUGCCCGAGGAGCUCAACUUUGAGGUGGACAUUGAAUACAAUGGCGGCUUCCACCUCGCCAUCGACGUCGAGCUGGUGUUUGGGAAGUCUGCCUACCUGUUCGUGAAGAUGAGACGCGUCGUGGGGAGGCUGAGGCUGCAGUUCACGCGCAUGCCCUUCUCCCACUGGUCCUUUUCCUUCCUCGAGGACCCUCUGGUGGAUUUUGAGGUGAAGUCCCAGUUUGAAGGGAGGCCUCUGCCCCAGCUCACCUCCAUCAUAGUGAACCAGCUGAAACGGGUCAUCAAAAAGAAACACACCUUACCCAACUACAAGAUCAGGUACAAGCCCUUCUUCCCCUUCCAAGUGCAGCCUCUGUUGGGUUCAGCUUGUGAUUUGGACCUGUCAGUCCAGGACAGCAGGCUGGUGGAAGGUCGACUCAAAGUCACCCUCAUUGAAUGUAGCAGACUCUUCAUCCUGGGCUCCUAUGACAGAGAAACCUAUGUUCACUGCACCCUGGAGGUGAGCAGCCACCAGUGGAAGGAGAAGACUCGCAGCUCCAUCAAACGGACGGAGGUGAUGAAGGGGCCAUGUGGCAGCGUGGGAAUGACGUUCAGGCAUGUUCCAGCCAGUGAGGGGGAUGCAGUUCAUGUCAGCAUUGAGACAGUCACACCUAACUCCCCUGCUGCCCUGGCAGACCUGCAGAAGGGUGAUCGUCUCAUCGCCAUCGGAGGUGUCAAAGUGACAUCCUCUGUUCAAGUGCCCAAAUUGUUGAAACAGGCUGGAGACAGAGUGGUGGUACUUUAUGAGAGACCUGUUCGUCAUCAGACUCCCUCUUUUGGAAGCCUCGGAACUCUUCAAGAAGGGUUCGGGCAGCUAGAGGAAACUGGUUUUAUUCCUCAGUCAGGUGGUUACGAGGAAGACCCAGCCCCCAUCACUACCCUCUCUGACAUAUCCGACAGCAAAGACAUGGACUCUGAAUUUGAAGAGUUGAUUGUGGACUCCAAGCCUUUCCAGACUGGUGGGCCGAACAGUGGCACCUCAUACACCAGUGAUACUAAGGAGGAUUCCUUACUUACCGUAAACCAAAGCCCCAAAAGGACUGUGGCCAACUUGGCCUCUAAGCCCCUUGGUACCAUAUCACCCAUCCUUAACCGCAAGUUAAACCUGGUGGGUCUCCAGUCACCACUAAAGCCCCAGCCCAAAGAAUCACCAAAGCCCUCACCACAUAAGACCAACAGUGAUCCAGUGGAGGGCCUGCAACGCCCAACUGUCCCUCCCCCACCUCCUCCUUCUCGUCCCCCAGUGCCGCCAAGACCUCAGAUAAGGUUGACAUCAGCCUCCUCAGAGACCAGUCUUUUGGAAGGCCUUGAGUCUGUUACAACUACUAAUACUACUGUUGUUGCUACUGUGACUACCACCUCCAGCACUUCUGAAAAAUCUCCAGAGAAAGCUCCUACCACUGGAGCCAGUGAAGACAAGGCUGGCACUGAGAAGACAUGUGUCAAACAGACUGAGGCCAAGCAGUCUACCAGGCCAGCAGAGUCCAGUGAUGAGCUGCCAGUCUCUUCUGCUGUGACCAGUAGCAGCAAAGCUGAUCAAGCAAAGGACAAGGCUUCAGAGAGCUCCUGCAGCACACGGGACAGUCUAGAGGAGCACUCCCUCUGGGAAUCCCCAGAAACCAUGUUUCGUAACCAGACAGGACGCUGGCCCAAGGCCUCUGUCGUGUUUGAGGUGGAGAGCAACCAUAAGUACCUUAAUGUAGCCCUGUGGUGCAAAGAUCCCUUUAAGCUGGGCAGUUUGUUGUGCCUGGGUCAUGUCAGCCUCCAGCUGGAACAUGUAGCCCUGGAAUGCAUGGCCACAUCCUCAGCAGAGUACCAGAGCACCUUUAGGUUGGGUCCUCCAGAGCCGAGAGCUAACGUCAGCCGCACUGCACUUCGGAGCCUCAGCACCCACAAGGGCUUCAACGAGAAGUUGUGUUAUGGUGAUGUUACUCUGAACUUCUGUUACUUAGCUGAGGGUGAGAUAGAGUAUCCUGGAGUGGUGCCAGAAAGAGAGCGAGAGGGGAGUCUCCAUGAUGAGGAUCUAAGGGAGAGGGAGCAAAUCCCUGCUGCACAGCGAGAUGACUUGGCCUAUGGCGCCAUGCAGUUGGUGGAAGUUCGUCACAACUUCCAAGACACCCAGUUCCAGAACCCCACGUGGUGUGAAUACUGCAAGAAGAAGGUGUGGACCAAGGCAGCCUCUCAGUGUAUGAUCUGCGCCUACGUUUGCCACAAGAAGUGCCAGGACAAGUGCCUCACUGAAAAUCCCUUCUGUGUGGCAGCAACUGAACGUCGCGGAGCUGACCCUGAAGCAAAAUCCACCAUUAACCGGGCCACCACUGGCCUAACGCGCCAUAUCAUCAACACCAGCUCCCGCCUGCUCAAUCUCCGCCAGGUACCCAAGACUCGACUGGUUGAGCAGGUGGCCGAUGUGGUGCCUGGAGUAGUGGAGCCGUCACCCAAGCAUACCCCCAACACUUCAGACAAUGAGAGCAGUGAUACUGAGACCUACACCAGUGGCGCCAGCCCCUCAAAGCAGCCUGUCGGCAGCAGUGGUAGCAGUAAACUUGUACGCAAGGAAGGCGGCUUGGACGACAGCGUGUUUAUUGCUGUGAAGGAGAUAGGCCGGGACCUGUACCGCGGACUGCCGACAGAUGAGCGCUCCCAGAAGCUGGAGUUGAUGCUGGACAAGUUGCAGCAGGAAAUUGACCAGGAGCUGGAGCACAAUAAUGCCCUCCUGCUGGAGGAGAGGGAGGCCACAGAUGCCCGCCGCAAGGCCCUUAUUAGUACUGCCUUGGCCAAGUCUGGGGAAAGACUUCAGGCCCUCACUCUGCUCAUGAUCCACUACCGGGCAGGCAUUGAGGACUUGGAGUCAGUGGAGAGCACCUCUCCUUCAGAGCAGCAAGGCUUUAAAGGCAAAGGAGAAAGCCUUGAGGAGGAGGCCAUGAUGGGGACAGAGGUCUAUGACAGUGACAUAUGCAGCCCUGUGGAGGUGCAGCUGCUGGAUGACAUUACUGAGGAGCAGAUCUGUGUGGAGGCACUGCACUGAAUUAGACCAGAAAGGAGAAGGAAGGGGAACAUGUGCUUUGGGCUCGUGCCUCCUAACAAAAUUAUGUUAAGUUUGUUUUUUGAGAUUGGGGAGUUUCAGCAGGCCAUUUUAAAUAUCUUCUAUGUUGGGGUCCAGUGUUUGAUUCACAGUUUUUUUUUCUUCCUCCCUAAGGAUUCAUGUUAUUGAUGUUUUAUUUUGCACACUGUGAUGUUGUGUCCAUGCUCCUGGUUUUUAAAGGGAAGAGCUCCACUUUUAUCUGCCCUCAGUAGUGCUGCAUGUGGAUCCUCCAGUUUUGUUUUUCUGUGGCUUCAUUGUAAGCAUUAAAUUUAGUUUGUCGUCUUGUCUGUAACUGCUUUGACAGAAGGACUCAAGAAAUGUGCACAUUUCUGUUGUCUACUCAUCUGAAUUAACUUAACUUUAGAGAAGGAAAGUAAUUGUUGAAUAUUUGUUUUCUGUGAGUAACAAGCCCAUAUGAAGGUGAAAUAUUCGAGUCAGUAACAGUGUGAAUUAUACCAGGGAAAAGCAGGUUUAAACAUCCACCUCAGUGGAACAGGUCAUUUGUCUAAGAACCCUGCAAGUUAUCAUACAUAUCUUGUUUUGAGCACUUUUUUUACUGUAAUAUAUUUGGAUUUUAAAAGUGACUCCCUGCUUACAAAGCUCUGUGAGAUUUCAGCGGCUGCACAAUUCUAAGUGGAAUCAUAUAUAUGUAUAGUUUGUCUCUCUCUUUUCUCUUUUCUUUUUUUUUGUGUGUAUUGGUUGGGCCAAACAUAUUUUACCAUAUAACAGUUUGCUGUCUCCUGGGAGGGUGCACUGUAAAAAUAAACUAUUUGUUUGAACUUAAAAAAAGUUAGUGUCUGUCUAAAAGAAAUUUAAGUUGAUUGAAUUUGGAAAUACAAGUUGAGGUAAAUUUGUGACGAUUCAACUUGUCUUUUUAAAUUCAGUCAACUUGAAAAUUCAAGGCAGCCCGAACACUAACCUUUUUGAUUCAAAACAAAUAUUUAUUUUUAGCGUGUGUAGGGAGGUUAAUAUCAUGGGGUAUAAUUAACUAUGUUUUUUUUUCUUUUCUUUCUUUCUUUCUCUCCUCUGGUCUUUCCAAAUCAUGUUUUGUUCAGAACACCCUGUCAACUUCUAAAACCCAACUAUUGCCAACCCAUCCAGACUUUCAUUAGUGCAAUGCAAUGUGAAAAAUACAUCACUGACUUUUUUGCUUACUCUCUGAAUGAAUGUUAUUUUAAUGCUCUCAUGAUGUGAAAAUCUCCCUCCAUUUAUUUAAUUGGUUGUGUGUGUGUGUGUGUGUGUGUGCGCGCGAAGAUGAUUUCCAUGCUUUGUGAUGUUUCAAUGUGAUUUAUUGCAGAUAAUUUGCCUUCACAAGUUGUUUUCUUGCCCAUCAGAAUGUAUGCUCAGUCCUGUCUGUGUGUUUGUGUAUAUACGGCUGUUUGGCACUGCCUUCCCUCAUUUCUCUGCUGAACAUCAAGCAUUAAUGUAGUCUGUUCCAGUGAUUCUAUCAUAAGCAAGAUACAGCUCCUGAAUGCUAAGCUGUUCAUCUGACUUUUCCAUCCCCAGAGAGCCACUGAUUGGUUGUGAUGAGGCAGUAUCUUCCUCUUACAUACUUUAUGGAAAUCUAUCCUAAAACACUAAACAAUUUUGAAAUCUAUUUUAAAGAUGUUUGUUUUCUUUGUGUAUUCUUUUUUGCCAAUUAGUGACAUAUCAGAUAUAUUCAAAUGAGCUUUUGGUAUCAGUCAGUCAGAACUGUGAUGCUCAACAAACAUGGAGAGCUCCGUUAAAGGAAAUGUGCAUAUAAAGGGCUGAUGUUCAGUUGAGAGUAAGUGUUGGAAAGCAGCCCUGCGUUAACAUAAUUAGACAAUGAAACAUGGCUGGAGGGGUCCAGUUGAAGUAACAGAUUGAGUUUGAUGGCUUACCAGAUGCCAAAAAGCAACUCAGCUGUAAAUACAAUAGGGAAGAAUUUUAAAAAAAUAUGAACAGGAAUCACAAAGCAAGCAUUUUAUCUUGUUCCUGACAAUUGUGGGGGGAAAAGUAGAUAUAUGCUGUUAGUGUCACAAAGUCAUGCAUUAGCAAAUUUGCAUUUGCAAAUAUUUGAUUGACCAGCACCUUGGGAGAUGAUGCUGCAAUUGAGGCAAAAGUUGAGCCUGUUUCAGAUUUGUUGCCCAACGACCCUGUGUUGGCACCUUGCUGUGCUUUUGGAUUAUUGUGAUUCAAGUGAAUAAAGGGGCACAUGUUUUCCACACUGUGCUGAUGGUGGUCUGCAUACAGCCUACCAGCUUUAUAGGGUGUCUCUGUGGGUUGUUGAACAGCAUUUUGGUAAACGUAGAAUAAAUGAUUUCACCGAUAUAAAGAACAUCCUCAAAUAAAACUAGACUAUUCAUGCAGCAGAGAGACACAAAUACUUUUAAAAUUGAUGAUACAUGAACAAACCACUUUUGCUCCAGAGGUAGAAAAUCCAGAAUGCACUGUGCCGCACCAGACCAGUAAAUCCUCCCGCUGGUGGGUGACGUAAUCUGGAAUAGUCCAUGUGAAACAAUGGCAGUCAACUGGAUCUUGUAUUUCAGUUAAAGGGGAAGCUAAAACAUGUUUCUAAAAACAUUUGCGAAAUAUGCAACUCAGUAACCGAAUCUGAGUUUUUAUUCGAUCAACACUGCUUAGUUUUACCAUUUGAUCUCUGUAUUUUCAGCCUCUGUUUUGACUGUGCAGGAAGCAGUAUG